CUUCCCUCCCUCUUUGCUAACUCGUGAAUUGAAGGGUCUUCUGCAGAGAGUACCGUUGUCUGGAGAUGCCCUUUUGUUCAUCAGUGCUGCUAUAACACCGGCUUCUCCCUGCGCCGCUGCUAGUUGUCAGUGCACAUUUGACUCGAAUCUGUCUUUGCGGGCUGCAAUGUGCUCUCUUGUUUCGUCUCCCUCUAGCAUUUCUUUUUAAAUCGUAGACUUUUCUAAUUACAAUUUCUCGUAUUCGUUUCUGUUUUCAAUGGUUGUCAGCACCUCUGCACGGCACACCGGGACACCUCCGCGACACUCCGGUGUCUCCGAGUCAACAGACCAGACCUGCGAUACAGUCUACAUUCCUUUAGACCCGAGGAAGCCGGCUUCUUGGCAGCAAUCAGCUUGAGGAUGUCCAGCACGGUGUGUCACACUGGGUCCCGGCUCUCCAUUGCAGUAUUCAUCCUGUCCGUCCUUCUAACAGGUGUGGUGGAAGGAGAGAAGCUGGUCAACUUAAAGAAAGUGACCCACCAGGUGGUGCGGGCCGGGUUGGCAGAGACCAGCUUCCUGCCCUGCGUCUUCACCCUGCGGCCCAGCCCCUCGCGAGAGCCCCCUCGUAUCAAGUGGACCAAGAUCGUCUCGGAAGGUGGGGGCAAGAUCGAGGUCUCUGUGCUGGUCGCCAAGGACAACGUCAUCAAGGUCAAGAAGGACUUCCAGGGCCGCGUCACCCUGCCCGGUUACCCCGACAACCGCUACAACGCCACCCUCGCCCUCACCGGCCUGCGCUCCAGCGACUCAGGCACCUACCGCUGCGAGGUGGUGGUGGGAAUUGAUGACGAGCAGGACACAGUGCCCCUAGAGGUCUCCGGUGUGGUGUUCCACUAUCGCGCCCCCAGUGACCGGUACGCCCUGACCUUCGCCGACGCCCAGCGCGUGUGUCUGGAGAACUCAGCGGUCAUCGCCUCUCCGAGUCACCUGCAGGCCACCUUCGAUGACGGCUACGACAACUGUGAUGCGGGCUGGCUCUCCGACCAAACUGUCAGGUACCCAAUCACAUUGCCCAGGCCCGGUUGCUAUGGAGACAGAGACAACCUACCUGGAGUCAGGAAUUAUGGUCAGAGGGGCCCUGCAGACCUGUAUGAUGUCUACUGCUAUGCCAGACAGAUGACAGGUGAGGUGUUCCACUCGACAGUCCCGGAGAAGCUGAGUUUGGCCACAGCUUCAACGCACUGCCACUCCCUAGGGGCACAGCUAGCUACAGCCGGGCAGCUGUACCUGGCCUGGCAUGGGGGGCUUGACCGCUGCGACCCGGGCUGGCUGGCAGACGGCAGCGUGCGAUACCCCAUCAGGCAGCCACGAAAGAACUGCGGCGGGGACGAGCCCGGAGUCAGGACCCUCUACCAGCACUCCAACCGCACCGGCUUCCCCGACACCACCUCCCUCUACGAUGCAUACUGCUACAGAGAGAAUCCUUCCGGAGAGCCAGUUGCUGUGGCCGCCGGUCUGCUGCUAUCAAAGAAUCUGAAACACACCGAUUCCACAGCUCCCGCCCAGGAAGAGCCCAAAACAUUCAUCGAGGGGGGAAAUGGUGCCCUGAAGGAGCAGAUUAACUUCAUUGCAUCAAACGACUCUUCUGAGAUCUCAGCAGAGCAUGUGGUCAUCCAUCUGAAACCAGCCUCCUCCAGCUUAGCACUAGAUGAGCAACUGGAGCAAAAAGGGUCUGAGCAAAGAGAGGCUGCUACCCUUGGGCUUGGGGAUUUAUCCAUGAUGGAAAUGUUGGGACAUCAUCAAGGUGACACAGAAUGGCAGAAGGAGCUGCAAGAUGAGACAAUCAAAGAAGAGACUUGGUUGCUAUCUAGAUCCCACCAACAGCCCAUCUCACCAGCACCCGCUACUGGCCUACAGGCUGAUGAGAUGAACAGUCUGCUCUCCAAUUUGGUUGAUCCUCCAAUGAACCCUGAAGGGAACCGCUGGCAGGAUUCUAAUGACCAGCAUGUUUCGGAAUUCAUGGCUGAUUCUUUAGAGCAGAUCUUUUCCACCACAUCCCAUGGAAAGUUGGAAGAGAGCCCAAUAGUUCAGAAGUCAGCGGAACCUGGAAUGGCAUAUCCCCUGGGACUAAAUGCUUCUCCAUCGCAAGCAACAGAAGAAUCUGAAAAGAAUCCACCAAAUGUUUCUGAGGUCCACCCCACAAACCGAGAGGGCACCAUGCUGGACCCACUGGGGGUGAAGACCACACAGGUGUCAUCAUUAGAUGGUGGGUCACCAAGCUCAACUGAAGAGCAUUCAGACCAAGGUAAAAUCCCAGAAUCCCCUGACUUUAAUGGACCUACUCCAGAAACUAUGGAAAUUAGCCUGCUCCAUAAUAACAAUUUGCUUCUAAACAAUCCAAAAGAAGAAUUUGAAGAAGAAGACCCAGAAAGCCCAAUGUCAAUGGCUGUCAAAGUCAGCACAGAGGUGCAUCUUAAUGAUGUUGGAUCUUCAGAGAUCAGUGCUAAUGAGACAGACUCGGAAGAGGGUGCUAUUGUCGGUGAACCCAGUGAUCUGCUCCUUGUAGAGGAAAAAAUCGAAUCUGCACAUGAAACUUCAAAUCUGGGCUCCAUUCCUGCAGUCAGUGUCAAUGAGUCCCACCAUGCUGGACAAGCAAAGGUUGAUGAUUUGGCCAGUUCUGUACAGAACCCCACUGAAAAGAGUGCUGAAGACGAUGAAGGCACUGUUUUACAAGAGUCAAAUCCUGUGUCUUCUGAUUCUGAAAAUGCACUGGAGAACGACGCUGCUUUUGGAUUAAUUGCACCGGGACACAAAGCGACAACGCAUCCAACAAUGACAGCUAAUGAAUCAUCAUCAGAGCCCAGUGCUGCCAGCACAGUGCCAGCUUCUACUCCCCUGCCAGGCAGGAAAGAUGAAUGGGCACAUCAGCCAACAGCUGGCACCAUACAGGACAGCAGAGUUCCAGAAAGGGAGAGAUUGGCAGUCAACGAAUCAAGUAGAUCCUUUGAGGAUGAAGACUCCUUAACUGCAACCGUAAGUGGCCAGUCCGCUGAGCUGCACAGCCGUGGAGGAGAAGGUACCCUGAGAAUCAUGGGGAUUACAACGCCCUCUCCCUCACCUUUAACUGAUUCUGCCCCUGAGAUAUCGGGAGACGGCCUCCCCUCUUUGAAGGAGGAUAUAACCAUCCGCCAAAAACUUGUGGAAGAUUUCAAAGCAGACUCCUCUGAAUCGGAGAUGACCAGUGCCCUGGAAUCCAGAAGAACACACGUAGAGGACCAGGCCAUCCCAUCCUUGCUGGACAUCCAUGAUAUCUUUUCGGGAGGGGGCUCUGACUCGAAUGGAAACUCCCUCCCUCUAGUGAUCGUUGGCUUUCACUCACCAAAACAACAAACUUCUUCUAACUUGCCUUCAUAUGAACCGGAACCUUCAGCAAAGCCAAUGUUGCCUUUUACUUCCCCGUCCGAGAAUUCUGAAUUUGAGAAGGCUGAAGAUGGGAGUGGAGAUGUAGAAGAGGGUCUCCUUGCUGUAUCUGAGGGAUCCAAAAACACCACCACAACCAAAAGACCUUCAACCUCUUUCCCUCACAUAGACAAAGCCUUAGAGAGAGAAUCCUUGUGGGAGGUAACCCUGAAGCCACAGAAGGAACAAGAUUUGGUUAAUCCAACAACCAUCCAGGGAGGUCAGGAUGCUGUGUCCACGAUAGUGUCUAGCAGUGGCACCAUAGACAUUGGGAGGGAGGAGGUGGUUCCAGAAGACAGGCUGGACAUUAAAGGUGGUCAGCUGUUCCACGAGUCAUCCACAGAGGCUGCUGCUUUGAAUCCAGAAGAAAGUGUGAUUGAAUUAAAAGGAGAAGUUGCUUUUGUCCAGCACUCAACUGAAGUUCAACCAACUGUGGUCACAGCGGCAGAAGAAACUCCUUCUGGAGAACCUAAGGACGUGAGAAUGCCUUCCACACCUGACACCUUCCUUGUGACAGAUGGAAAACCAACUUUGCCCCCUUUGAAAGAGGGGAGAAGCCUACAAAGCCCAGCCACUGAAGACCUGGUUAUUACAACCUCAUUGUCACCAGUUACAAGUAUGGGGAUCACAUCAGAGUCCAUAGUUCCUGUGGGUGACUUGCUGACCACUAAAGCUGCUACAAAUGAAAGAAUGGAGAUGCUUUUUCCAACUGUCCCAGCCACUGUAAUCAGAGAAGAUGCACUGAAGGAACAACUGCUGUUGGGCAAUGCUGUGGAGAGCACCCCAUCUGGAGAUCAGCCCAGAACAGCCACCAAGGAACCUGCCAAUGAAACCAACGACUCCACCAUGGGACCAACCAUCUCUACCACACAGUCAACAGAGAAUGAAUUAGAAGGAGAAAUGGAAGUGGAUGAAGAAGGGCUGGAGACUACGAAUCAACCAGCAAGUCAUGAGUCAGAGAACAGCUCUUCCUCUGUUCAGCCAACCAGUCUGGUUCUUACCACUGAGGUGCCCAGUGAAGUUGCAGUAACUUAUCCAGUGACUGCUAGAGCCACAGAUGAGAGUAGAUCCAUGGAAUCCUCCAUAACCACAGCCACCUCGUUUGUAUUUAAGUCGGUUUCCCCUGAAGAUGGGCCUUCAUCAGAACUGGCUUUUAUCACCACCGUUGGGUCGCACACAAUGCCUUCUAGAACCCAGCCCCCUACUCCAGAGUUGGAAGUGUACAGUGGCAGUGGAAUGGGACAUGGCUCUCCUGGAGAAGAGCAGGUGAAUGGAACAUUGCUGGCACCAAAGUCCAGUUCCCAGCUUCCGUCUGCAUUGAAUGAAUCCGCCUUCGGCCCAGACUGGGAGGACACAGGAGCUUCAGAAGAACCAGCUGAGGCAGACCCCUGCGAGACCAACCCCUGCCUGCAUGGAGGGAGCUGCCUCUCCAACGAGAGUGUGUACACCUGUGACUGCCUGCCAGGCUACUCCGGGGAGAACUGCGAGAUCGACAUUGACGACUGCCAGUCCAACCCCUGUGAGAACGGAGGCACCUGCAUCGAUGAGGUCAACGCCUUCGUCUGCCUGUGCCUGUCCAGCUACGGGGGGGAGACCUGCGACAAGGACACAGAGGGCUGCGAUCACGGCUGGAGGAAGUUCCACGGGCACUGCUACCGAUACUUCUCACACCGGCACACCUGGGAGGACGCUGAGAAGGACUGCCGGGAGCACAGCGCUCACCUGGCUAGUGUCCACUCCCCCGAGGAGCAGAGCUUCAUCAACGGGCUGGGUCAUGAGAACACCUGGAUUGGGCUGAAUGAUCGCACAGUGGAGGAGGACUUUCAGUGGACAGACAACAUGGCCCUGCAAUACGAGAACUGGCGUGAGAACCAGCCUGAUAACUUCUUCGCGGGCGGAGAGGACUGUGUGGUGAUGAUCGCUCACGAGAACAGCAAGUGGAAUGAUGUGCCCUGCAACUACAACCUGCCCUACAUCUGCAAGAAGGGAACAGGUAACCCAGCCUUCUACACCCCUAACCCCUAAC